UGAGUUUAAAAGAGACUGCAUGCAGGGACUUUCAAACAUCAUCAGGAAAAUUCAGGAGAAGAGCCCUCUCAAGUAUGCAACAGUUAGGCAGAUGGCAUGUCUGGACCCCUCUGUCAUGUUUAGAGACCCAGACAAGUGCAAGAGGCAGAUGAAAUGUCUUGUUCAGACAUUUCUGCAAGACAAGCAACUGACAGGAGGUGUUUCUGCUGGGGAUGUCAUUCUCCAACAAUUUGAUGCCUUGCUGUCUGUUGAGUGCAGAAGUGAGGAGUUUCUCUCCUUCCCACAGAUGCAAAAGAGGCUUGAUGUCUUCUUGAGCAGUUUCCUUAGAAACUACCAAGAGCUUUUUGAUUUUUGCCAGAAGCUUCUGAUUUUGUCUCAUGGACAGGCCACUGUCGAACGAGGCUUUUCUGUUAAUAAAGAAAUAGAAACCUGCAACAUGCAAGAGGACACUUUAGUAGCACAGAGGCUGGUAUGUGACCAUGUCACUCGACACGGUGGUGUUACCAAAGUUCCCCUGACAAAAGAACUCUUGAGUUCGGUGGCAUCAGCCAGAACCAGGUACCGUCUCUACCUUGAGACAGAAAGAAAGAAGAAGGAAUCCCUUGCACAAGGCCAAAAGAGAAAGGCGGCAGAGGAUUACUUAGAGGAACUAAAAAAAAGGAGGAACACUAUGCAAACAGUUGCAGAAAGUCUUUCCAGAGAUGCAGACAAAUUUGCCGAAGAGGCUGAGGGCAAGGCUGGCAGUAAGAUGGCUCAACUAAUAACUAAGUCAAAUGCUUUGAGGAGGGCCAGCAAGGAGAAGUCAGCUGAGCUCAAGAACAUUGAGGAGGAAAUUCUGGCCAAGGGAGAAGAGCUGAGAUUAAUGUAGCACACACGCGCGCACACUCAUCUGCAGACUCAAGAUGUUUUUUUGUUUGUUUGUUUUUUCUCUGUUGUUCAACAAUGUAUCUAACCUGUCUUCAGUAACUGUUCAAUUUGAAUAAAUUUACUUUGCCAGUAAUUUUGUGAUUCUGCAUUUUCGUUUGUGUGUGUGUGUGUGUGUUUUUGAUGUCGUGAUAUAG